AUGGGACAGGACUGGAUAGAAGCAGCGGGAGAUGGAGAAGGCCAGAGUCCGCCCGGGACUUCUAACCAUGUGAGCAAAAUUGAGGAAGGGUGUAAGUGCAACCUUCAUGCUACUGGCUGUAAAGAAGAAAACAAAAGACUACUUUGUGAAUGUGAGCAUAACACAACUGGCCCAGACUGUGGAAAAUGCAAGAAGAAUUACCAGGGCCGACCGUGGAGCCCUGGUUCUUAUCUGCCUAUACCUAAGGGCACUGCUAAUAUCUGUAUACCCAGUAUUUCCAGUAUUGGUAACUGUGAAUGCUUCGGGCACUCCAACCGGUGCAGUUACAUCGAGCUGCUCAAUACGGUCAUUUGCGUGAGCUGUAAGCACAACACUAGAGGUCAGCACUGUGAGUUAUGCAGGCUGGGCUACUUCAGAAAUGCUUCUGCAGAGCUGGACGAUGAAAAUGUGUGCAUAGACUGUUAUUGUAAUCCUUUUGGUUCAGUCCAUGAUCGCUGUAAUGACAGAGGAUUUUGUGAGUGUAAGGAGGGAACAUCAGGGCCUAAAUGUGAUAAAUGUCUGCCGGGAUAUAUUUGGCACAGCUUGGGCUGUCAACCAAACGUAUGUGACAAUGAACUACUGCAUUGCCAGAAUGGAGGAACAUGCAUCAACAACGUGCGAUGCCAGUGCCCUCCGGCUUACACUGGCAUUUUAUGUGAGAAAUUGAAGUGUGAAAGGGAUCCAGGAGGCUGCAGCCAAAACUCCGGCCAGGAGCCAAUAUCACACAGGCCUCUCUUACUGCUGACCGCCCUACUAGGAGCAACUGGACUUUGC